AGCCUGAACUGUCCUGAAUAUGUCCUGAGCAAAAGCGGCGACGUGUUGUAUAAGUGAGGCUUCUUGUUGCCUAGAUUGGGGUCUUAUUAUAGGUGUGAGACACCUACUGAUUGACUACCUACUGGCACAGGUAGUCUACCUAGUUAGCACCUGGCCCGCACAGACCAUGCUUGAGGAGCAUUUCUUGUCAAGAACGGAGAUCCCAAGCAUGCUGCUAAAUGGCAUUCAUUUUCCUGACAACAUUGCAAAGAGGCUUAUUAUUGCAAUGCCCGAAAGAUGCAUUCCUUGAUUAGCAGAUCAUCGAUCCGCCGUCUUCCGCCGUCCCUCAUCAAGCCCAGGCCUCCGUCUCGCCGUGCCCUCCACCUGGCUCCCCCCUUCCUCCUGGAUGACUACGUGCCGCGACAUAUGACGCUGUCUUCAGUGGAGGCUUCUAAGAAGCGCUCGGCCGCGUAUGCUCAUCUGCGGAAUUGCAAUCUUUGCCCACGGCUCUGUGGCGUCAACCGUUUCGAGACGACUGGAAUGUGCCUCAUCGGAGACAAGGCGAAGGUCAACGUCAUUGCUCCUCAUUUUGGGGAAGAACCUUGCAUCCAGGGACAUAAUGGCAGCGGGUCAGUGUUCUUCAGCAUGUGCAAUCUCCGCUGUGUGUUCUGUCAGAACCAUGACAUAUCACACCAGAGAAAUGGCCAAGAUCUGACGCCCGAGGAACUCGGGGACUGGUACCUGAAGCUCCAAGAGGUCGGGAACGUACACAACAUUAAUCUAGUCACCCCUGAACACGUAGUUCCGCAGGUGGCUUUGAGCAUCCUCCAUGCCAGAGACAAUGGCCUUACGCUCCCCAUCGUCUACAAUACGUCUGCCUAUGAUUCCUUGGCAUCCUUGGAGCUGCUGGACGGUCUCGUUGACAUCUACCUCCCGGACUUCAAGGUCUGGGAGCCAGCCACCUCCAGGCGCCUCCUGAAGGCCGUCGACUAUGCUGCCACGGCACGUGAGAGCAUCAAGGCCAUGCACGCCCAAGUGGGUGACCUGUGCUUCACGGGAGACGGCAUAGCGAAGAAGGGUUUGCUAGUGCGGCAUCUCGUCAUGCCGGGAUUCGAAGCCGAAAGUGCGGAGAUUAUGAAGUUCUUGGCAGGAGAGGUCUCCCGAGACUGCUUCGUCAACAUCUUGGAGCAGUACCACCCGGAUGCCCAUGUUGGCAAGCCAAACACGAGGAGCAAAAGUGCCUCGGCGGGGCAGCAGGGCCAGAAGCCCCAAGCCAAAGAGAUUCGCUAUGCCGAAAUCAACAGGGCCGUGUCGCGGGAGGAGAUAUCUACUGUCCGGAAGGCUGCAGAAGCGUCUGGUCUGUGGAGAUUUUGCGACCCUCCCAGACAUGACGGUUUCAGCAUAUAAAGGAAGACGGCCGGCUUCUGGCCUUGUGGCUGCAAUAAUUCCCCAUUUUUUGUCGCAAAGAGUUUUCUCUCCUGCAUUUCCUGGCUGGAAUGCGUCCCGUGUCAAGCUCUGGACAAACAACGUGGCCAAAGAAACCGCUAGUUGAACCUCGACUGAUCCAUCCAUCCAGGUUUCUAGGGUUGCCUCAAUCCAAAUUUGCCGCCCAUAUUUUGCGCUUGUUGGUUGUCCCUCAAUGCGAGGUUCCCAUGGGAAGGCCGGCAGCAGC